CAAAUUAUAUAGAAAGGAUAUAUCAUUCUGCCCAAAACCCUACCUUCCUGUUGCCUCUUCUCAUCUUCGUCGUCGACAAGUGUAAGCUUCGGGUUUCGCAGCUAGAUCAAUGGCGCCGGCAAAAGCUGACAGUAAAAAGGUUGACCCAAAGGCUCAAGCUGCCAAGGUUGCCAAGGCUGUGAAAGGUACUACCUUUAAGAAGACAGCAAAGAAGAUCCGCACCAAAGUUACAUUCCACAGGCCCAAGACAUUGAGGAAGGAUAGGAAUCCUAAAUACCCCCGUAUUAGUGCACCUGCACGGAACAAAUUGGACCAAUACCAAAUUCUUAAGUAUCCGUUGACCACAGAGUCUGCUAUGAAGAAAAUUGAGGAUAACAACACCCUGGUUUUCAUUGUUGAUAUCCGUGCUGACAAAAAGAAAAUCAAGGAUGCCGUGAAGAAAAUGUAUGACAUUCAGACAAAAAAAGUCAACACCUUGAUCAGGCCUGAUGGCACCAAGAAGGCAUAUGUUCGAUUGACUCCAGAUUAUGAUGCAUUAGAUGUUGCAAACAAGAUUGGAAUCAUCUAAUUUUGAAAUUUCAUUGUGUUAGCCUUUUUGUUGUUCAACUGCUUCUGCCAAUUCAAUUAAAAUUCCCAUUUAUUUGAAAUUUUACUAAUGAUAUGGAAUUUCUCUCUUUAUACAUCCAAUGAAAACUGAACUAGAUUUGAAUUUAA